AACGAAUUUAUCUAUCAUGUCGAAUUCCAACAAUAGUAAUAGUAAUUCACAGCCUUCUUAUGAAGUACCUCAUUCCGAACAAGCCUGUGGUUUAUUUGCCAGAAAUGAUUUAAAGUAUAUGCCUAAUUUAGGCAAUACUCAUUUAGUCUCAAGAAAAUUGCCAUUCAAGUACGUUCGAGAUACCAAUUUUAAUUCACCAUCAUUUGCGCAAAGGCAAUUAUCAAAUUUUCAACAGGCUCAACCACAAAUUGAUGAUUCAGGCAUCAAAGAUGAUGAAGAACAGAAUUAUUACAAGCAUAAACAAGAAAUAGAUAUGAUCAUUGGUGAAUUGCUUGAACUGUUGAAUAAGAAGAGAAUAGAAGUUUUACAUGAAUUGAAAUAUUACUCAGGUCCGAUAACUUCUGAUAUUGAAGAAUCAAUUAUUAAGGUUGAUAUGAGUCAUCAAUACAUGAUAGAACAUUUGAAAUAUAAUGAGGAUUUUAAUAAAUCCAUUAUAUUGUUAGAUGCUAAAGCUGGAAAAGUCAUAAGCGCAGUUUCAGAUCAUAGGAAAGAACUAAUAUUCUUAAGUUACUUGUUAAACCGUCCACAAACAAGACUAGAGCAUGAGUUUGGUAAUAAUUGCAACAAUCUCUCCUACAUGGACCUGGGGAAUGAGGUGCAUUUAACUAAACGUCUGGAUCACAGUGAUAUUGAAAAAGAACAAAAACAAGAACAUUUUAAUUUACAAAGAGACGUUAGGGUCAAUGAUUUACACUCUACUGUUUCUGAUUUACUGGAUGAAAUAAAGUAUUCAGAGCAUAUUGGAUUUGAGGAAGAACAAAAGAAUCAAUCACGUAUUGAAGAGGGUACAGAUGUUCAAGAAGGCCAAAAGACUGAUAAUAAGAGUGAGGAUGAAUGGACUGAUUGUGAGGAUGAGUAUGAUAGUGAGCAUGAUAGUGAGCAUGAAAGUCAGCUUGCACUUUCUGAUUUAUUUGAUGAAAGACGGGACUUAGAGAAUAUUGAAGAACAAGAGUAUACUGAUUAUCAAACAUUUGAUGAUGAUGAUGACACAUUUGUUGAAGAGGAAGAAUGGACUGACUACGAGAGUGAAUAUUCAGAUCAUAUUAGAUUAGAGGAAGAACAGGAUUAUAGUGAUGAAGGACUUCUUGAUGAUCAAACACUUGUUGAAGACGAAUGGAGUGCCUACAAUAGUGAAGAUAAUAGUGACUACAAUAGUGAAGAUCGUAGUGAAUAUAAUAGUGACUACAAUAGUGAAUAUAAUAGUGAAUAUAAUAGUGAAUAUAAUAGUGAAUAUGAUAGUGAAUAUGAUAGUGAGUAUUAUAGUGAAUUUGACAGUGAGUAUUCUAGUGGAUUUGACAAUUUCUUUGGUCCUUAUUUUGAUAGUGAAGAUAGUGAAGAUAAUGAAGAUAGUGACUACAGAGAAUCUGAUUCUGAUAUACGAGAAUCUGAUAGUGAGGCUUUUCAUGGUGAGGCUCCCAGUGAGGCUCCCGACGCAGACAAAGCAAAGAAAUGCAAGAAAGAAAAAAUAUCAACUUCUUUGCUGCUUAAUGAUAAUAUUCCAUAUCAAUACUAUCAAUACUUGUUGGCUAUAUUAUUCAUUCUUAGUUUCGUAUACUGUAUACUAUUUACUCUCGAACAUUACGUGUAUCCAUUGUUUAUUAAUUAUAUUCUUUCUCCAUAA